AUGGCCGCCACCCAGCCCAUCGCCAGCGCGGAGGCCUCCCCGGCAGCACAGGCGAAGCGCCGCGGCCGGCCCCCCAAGGCCCCGCUGGCGGCCGAGGUCGAGGCGCCGAGGACCCCGUCGCCCGUGUCCCCGCUUACGGCCGCGGCGGAAGGCUACGAGAGGGAGCGGGAGGCGAGGAUCAAGGAGAACAUGGAGCGGAUGCAGAAGCUCGGCCUCGUCGACCUCGCCACCCGCUUCAACCAGUCCGCCACCCCCGCCGGCACCGGCACCGGUCGCGGCCGCUGGCGACGGAGGCCGGAGACGCCGGGCUCCCCCGACGCCGCCGCUCCCAGGAUCAGGACCGCCUCCCCGGUGCCGGCGCGCCGGUCCCUCAGGUUGAAGAGCGUGGAGCCAGUUAGAUAUGUUGAAAUUUGUGAAAAGAAGGAGAAGGGUCUUGAUGGUGGAAGGCCUUUCUCUAUUGAGGAAGGGUGCAAGGAAGAAGUCUACACUGAAGAGCAUGAGAAGCUUUUAGGUACAUGUGGCACACCCUGGACUCUCUUUGUGGACGGUUGUGGCAAGGACGGUAAGCGCAUCUAUGAUCAAGUGAGGGGCCAAACCUGUCAUCAGUGCCGCCAGAAAACUCUGGGUCAUCAUACAAGAUGCUGUAAUUGCCAGAUUGUCCAAGGGCAGUUCUGUGGAGAUUGUUUGUACAUGAGGUAUGGUGAGAAUGUGCUGGAAGCUAAGAGCAAUCCUAAUUGGACAUGUCCAGUUUGCCGUGGCAUUUGCAAUUGCAGCAUCUGCAGAACUAAGAGAGGAUGGUUCCCUACUGGCAAUGCGUACCGGAAGGUUGUCAGGCUUGGGUACAAAUCCGUGGCACACUAUCUCAUUGCAACAAAUAAGGCAGGAGCAAACUCAGGAGAUUCAAGCUCAGCUGACUCCUCAAACGAGCUGCCAUCUGCCGAUGAGGUCUCUGAGCACGCACCAGUUGCCAAGCAGGAUGCUGAUCUGAGCAGCAACGCUAUGAAUGAUGCUGGUGAAGUUGAGCAGAAGGAAGGAAACAUGAAGAAGAAGGCAGCUGUCAAGGAUGAAGCCAAGGCCCAGAGGAAGAAGAUCACUGCUGAUCUGAGCAGCAACGCGAUGAAUGAUGCUGGUGAAGUUGAGCAGAAGGAAGGAAACAUGAAGAAGAAGAAGGCAGCAGCUGUCAAGGAUGAAGCCAAGGCCCCAAGGAAGAAGAUCACUGCUGAUGUGGUCUGCAAGGAUGAUGGCAGGAGCGAGUCCGGGGUGACAUUUGAUUCUCUGGAAUGUCACCAGGAUGUCGGCUGCGUCACUCCAUCCAAGCCGGAGCCGAAGAAGAAGAGGAAGUGGGUCGAAGCAAGAAGCCCCGACUGCGUCGCGGGCAGGCUGCGCUCCCGGUCUGCUCCCAAGUCAUGA